GGUGGAUUUCAAUCCCGGUAGGACUUAUUUAAUCAAUUUAUAUUAUAAGCCAACUUAUUAGGUGCCUGACUAAAGACUUUUUCAGUUUUGUCUACUUUUAUAUAAUUGAAUUUAAAAAAUAUAAAAAUAGAUAUGAGACCAACAGCGCUCGUCGAAAAUCCAAACCAGUUAUAUUGAAACGAACAACAUCCCUUUUUUCUUCCAUAGAAAAGAAAAAUGAAAAUCCCAUUAAUUAAUAUGGCCGAUUGUCUGGUAUUAUAUUAGGCUCAGCCGCCACAUGAAUUCAUAUAUACACAAGAGACUAGCCCACCGAAUAACAUGUAUAAGUAUCAGAUUUUCACGAACUAAGCUACUUACUAAGUUUUUCUUUCGUCUUCGUUGAUAAUAUAAUCUUCUCCUACACUACUCAGCAAUCCACAUAUCAUUUGAUAUUUUCUUUUAAUUUGGUCCAAAAAUAUUAAGAUGGAAUAUUUAUUUGAUGAUGAUGAACCCAUAAUAGAACGACGUUUAGAGAGUAAAAAGAGUAUAGGAGUUGGAACAAUUAGGCCUUCUUCUUCUUCUUCUCCUUCUCCUAAUAAUGAUAAAAAAUCUUAUGGUGGUCUUUGUAAUAGUCGUUCGGAGUCAUUCCGGACAUUGGAAAUGGGUGUACCCAAGUCUGAAGCUGCAGAAGUGAGAUUAGCUUGGAUUCGUUCUCAGAUCAUUGGGGGCAAUUAUGAAGUGGAAUAUGAUUCUCCUUUUGGCAAACGAACCAUUGUUUAUGCAGAUCACACCGCUUCUGGCCGAUCUCUUCUCUACAUUGAAAACUUCAUCAUCAAUAAUGUUCUUCCUUUCUAUGGGAACACACACACGUGCGACAGUCACGUGGGUCUCCGAACGACAAAAAUGGUUCAUGAAGCAGGGAACUACGUGAAAAAAUGUUUGGGAGGUGGAGAAGAGGAUGCCCUCUUGUUUUGUGGGUCAGGUACCACUGCCGCCAUAAAGAGACUCCAAGAGGUUAUGGGGCUUACAGUGCCAUCCAUACUUAGAGAAAGAGUGAUGAAGAGUCUAACCAAUGAAGAGAAAUGGGUUGUUUUUGUUGGACCUUUUGAGCACCAUUCCAACCUUCUCUCAUGGCGACAAAGCUUGGCUGAAGUAGUUGAGAUCGGUUUAGACCAAAAUGGGCUAUUAGAUAUGGAAGCUUUAAGAUUGGAGCUUGAGUCUUAUAAAUAUGCAAAUAGACCUAUUUUGGGCUCUUUCUCUGCCUGUAGUAAUGUCACUGGGAUUUACUCUGAUACAAGAGCAAUUGCCCAACUUCUUCACAAGUAUGGAGGCUUUGCAUGCUUUGAUUUCGCAGCUAGUGGUCCGUAUGUUGAGAUAGAGAUGAGAUCAGGGGAGAUGGAGGGAUAUGAUGCUGUUUUUGUGAGCCCACACAAGUUUGUUGGUGGGCCUGGAACCCCAGGCAUACUCUUAAUGAGCAAGGCCCUAUAUCAGCUCAGGACUUCACCCCCAUCAACUUGUGGAGGUGGAACUGUUGCUUACGUUAAUGGCUUCUCUGAAGAGGCGACAAUAUAUAAUGAGGACAUUGAAGAAAGAGAAAAUGCUGGAACACCACAAAUAAUACAAACAAUAAGAGCAGCAUUGGCUUUUUGGGUGAAAGAAUACAUUGGUUAUGAAGUGAUUGAGAGAUAUGAGCAUAUGUAUGCAGAAAAAGCACUAAAGAGGCUUCUUUCGAAUAAGAACAUACAAGUAUUAGGAAAUACUAGUGUUAAACGACAAGCCAUAUUGUCGUUCCUCGUUUAUUCCACAACAAAUUCUUACUCAACAAACCUUAAAAAUGGGCGUCAAAGUGACAGCAGAGAAGAAGGGCUUUACAUGUGGGGAGAGACUGGAAACAAUAGAGGUAAGCCUCUUCAUGGAGCUUUCGUUGCAGCCCUCCUCAAUGACCUCUUCGGUAUCCAAGCUCGUGGCGGUUGUGCCUGUGCAGGACCCUAUGGUCACAGUCUGCUCAAAAUUGAUGAGGCUAAAGCUCAUGCCUAUAGAUCUGCCAUAAAAGAGGGCUACGCUGGAGUGAAACCUGGGUGGACAAGAAUCAGUUUUCCCUAUUUUAUGUCCAAUGAGGAAUUUGAGUUCAUUUUGGCAGCAUUGGAAUUUGUAGCUACUUAUGGACAGCGGUUCCUCACUCUCUAUAACUUUGAUUUGAGAACAGGUAGUUGGACUGCCAGAGACAAGGGAAUUUUAUGCCUCAUCAAGGAUAAUGCUUGCAAUGUUCAUGGCAGGCCUCUUGCAAAUAGUACAAAUGCAGCAGAGGUGAAGAGCGAACAACUCAAAAAAUCCAAAAACGUAGAAGCUAAGGAAAAUGGAAUUGUCAAUAAGUUUGAGCUGUAUUUAAAGACUGCCGUUGAGAUUGCUCGUCAACUGCCCAAGUUCCCUCCACAGCGCAAACUUCAGGGAGAAUUAGAUCUCAACAUUUUGUCAUUCAGAGUUUAAUCCAAUUCUUUAAAAGGCUAAUACAACACUUGACAUUGUAUGUCUUUGUUCUCUAAUUUAUUCAUUCUAAGUUAUAUCUGUAAUUGCUGAAAAGUGUUGUUGCAUUUCUCCCCCUCCCCCGACAUGCCCUCUCUUUCAUGUGCGCUACAAAUUAAUAAGAAACUACCUUUCUAC